AAUAAACAAAAUAAGAAAAACCCUCUUUCUUCUUUUCUCUCUCUAAAAUUCUCAUCCAAAACCGACCACACAAUACAGUAGAGAGAGAAAAUCAAAUCGAAGAUUUUACAGAAGGAUAUCGAGUUUCUUCGGAGACGAAGGGAAGCUUAAUCCUCCAUUCGAUCUCAAAAGGGGAGGUGUGAUAUUUUUUUUUUUGAUUUUUUAAAUAAUUUUUGGAUAUGAGAAGAGGCAGAGCAACUCCGGCGGCGGCGGCGGCGGCGGCGGCGGCGGCGGUGAAGCCAGAUGGAUCUGGAGGAUUGAAGGAGAUUAGGUUUCGUGGAGUUAGGAAGAGGCCAUGGGGGAGAUUUGCUGCAGAGAUUAGAGAUCCAUGGAAGAAAACUAGGGUUUGGUUAGGUACUUUUGAUUCAGCUGAAGAUGCUGCCAAAGCUUAUGAUGCUGCAGCUCGAACUCUUCGUGGACCUAAAGCUAAAACUAAUUUCCCUUUACCUAUGUAUUCUCAGCAUCAUCAGUUCAAUCAAAGUUUAAACCCUAAUGAUCGGUUAGUUGACCCGAGAUUGUACUCACAAGAAGCUCCGAUCGUUUGUCAAAGACCUACAUCGAGCAGUAUGAGUAGUACUGUGGAAUCAUUCAGUGGACCGAGACCGCCACGUCAGCAAACGGCGGUUUUGCCUUCGAGAAAACAUCCUAGAUCGCCGCCGGUUGAGCCGGAUGACUGCAGGAGUGAUUGUGACUCAUCGUCUUCUGUUGUUGAAGAUGGUGAUUGUGAAGGGGGAAAUGACAACAUCGUUUCUUCAUCUCUCAGAAAUCCACUGCCUUUCGAUCUUAACUUUCCUCCUCCGAUGGAUGAUGUUUAUGCUAAUUCAAAUGAUCUUUACUGCACAGCACUAUGUCUUUGAAGGAAAAUGGUUUCAAAGUUUCAAUCUUUCAAUUAUAUUGAAACACACAAAAAAAAAAUCACAGAUUUAAAGCAAUUGCUAUGAGUCUGUUGCUGGAAGAGAUUUUAACUCUUCCAUUUACUUAUCCUAUUUAAUGUCAUGGUAUUUCAUGAUAGAUGGAUUAGUGUCUGACAAUUGAUCUGAUUAUGUGUCCUUCAACUAUAUAUGAGUUUUGGGAUAAUGUAGUCUUUUAUUGUCCGAUUUAUAUACGUUAACAUGUAAAAUUAGAGGGAACUUUCAGUUCUGUGUUGUACUAUUACGAUGAGAGCUCUAGUGUCGUUGAUGUAAGACGAUAUCUACUCUCUCAUCACUUAAUGUAAGAAUCAAGACUUCAUCUAAUCAAAUAUUAGCUUACAUGUGUUCGUUGGCGUA